GUCAAAUGUCAUGUCACAUGUAAGUUUUGUUAUUGUAUUUUCAGUAAAAAAGUAAAAUUUCUUUAAACUUUUAAAUUAUUUAUAACAUAAAUAGAAUGUUUGUUUAACUACUAUUGACAUUGUGAAAAAAGAGAAAAUAUAAUUUCGAUUUUACGUGGUAAAAAGGUUUUAAGUAUAGAUCUGAAUGCUUAAUUCUGAAUUAAAUACCAUGUCUGGGAAAACGACUAUAAAAGGUAAUCCAUCGCAAUAUGUAAAGCUCAACGUAGGGGGUUGCUUGCAUUACACAACCAUUGGCACCCUUACAAAGCAAGAUACCAUGCUUAGAGCCAUGUUUAGUGGCAGAAUGGAAGUUCUUUCUGAUUCCGAUGGUUGGAUACUAAUCGACAGAUGUGGCAAACAUUUUGGUACAAUUUUGAAUUUUCUUAGAGACGGCAGUGUCUCUCUGCCAGAAUCUACAAAAGAAAUUGCUGAACUUUUAGCAGAGGCAAAAUAUUAUUGCAUAGCAGAGCUUGCAGAAUCUUGUAACAAAGCCUUGGCAAAAAAAGAAAGAGGAGAAUUGGAACCUAUUUGUAGAGUACCUUUAAUAACGUCCCAAAAAGAAGAAGAAACAUUAAUAAGUUCAACUACAAAACCUACUAUAAAGUUACUAAUCAAUAGGCAUAAUAAUAAGUAUUCAUAUACCACAGCUUCUGAUGAUAAUCUUUUGAAAAACAUUGAACUGUUUGAUAAGUUGAGUUUGUGGUAUAGUAACAGAGUUUUGUUUCUAAAGGAUGUUAUUAGUACCAGUGAAAUUUGUUGUUGGGUCUUUUAUGGACAUGGCAAAAAGGUUUCUGAAGUUUGUUGCACAUCAAUUGUAUAUGCCACAGAUAAAAAACAUACUAAGGUAGAGUGCCCUGAGGCUAGAAUUUACGAAGAAACUUUAAACAUACUUCUGUAUGAAAGCCGCAAUGCCCCUGAUCAAGAAUUAAUGCAAGCUACAUCUACAAGAGGUGCAGUGAGUGGCAUGUCGUCUUAUACAAGUGACGAAGAGGAAGAAAGAACAGUUCGUCCAUAAGUUAUGGUUGGAAAUAGUCUAGUUUUUAAUUUAUUGCUUUAUUUAUAAAAUGCCUAAUUUUUAAUGGAAUUUCUUUGACAAACCUUUAAUAAUUCAAUUGUUAUUUAACUGUGAUUUUAUUGUAAUUUUAUUUCGUUUAAUUUAUUUUAUUAAGUAUAUUAUACUUUUGUCCUGUAGAUAAUUUUUUGAUAGUUUUCUGAUGUGUUAAAUUGUUUUUUUUUGUUAAAUAAAGAAAUAAAAUGUUGUAGUG